AUGACAGAUUUACCAGAAGAUGCAGUCAAACAAAUAUGCUAUCAUCUCAUGCUGUCUGUGAGAAAUCUUCGACUUCGGAGAAAUCGCUUAAAAGUUGCUGGUGUCAUACAUACCUUGGCUGGAUCUCAUGCUAAAUUGGCUAUCAAGUGCUUGUUACCACUAUUACAGCAAGAAGCUGCAUUCACUCUUGGUCGCCUAAGCACCACAUCAACGUCUAGGGAGAUCGUUAUGCAGAGUCAGCUAUUGGAUUUCGUUCUUUCUAGCAAUAAUGAAAGACUAGUAAACGUGGCGAAUAGAUACUUGGUCAAUAAUUUUAAACUGUUUCCAGAGUUAGCGACUGUAUACUUAGACGUUAUCACUAACCUUGAUGGUGAGCAGUACUACCUCAGUAUGUUAGGGGUGAUCUUAAAGUAUUUGAUAUCCUUACGUGAUAAUGGGACUAUUUCGAAGUAUAAAGGACAACUGCUCAAUCUAUUCUUGAAAACAGUGAUUAAUAGUAAAACUGUCCCUCCCAGACACAUCUUGAUCUGGACAAAGUACUUAAUAUAUAAUAUCGAUCACGCUGAAUUUAAAGAAAAGGUCCUUCCAGCGGUCCAAAAAGCUGCAUUACGUAACCUCGAUGUUGCUAUUAUAUGUAUGCCAUUCUUAUUCGAUUCGGUCAGAAUUGAUCUAAGUCAAUAUCUGAUGGACAUUUCCAAAAUUACCGCCUCUGCGCUCCGUUCAUCCAAGCAAGAAAUUUGCAAAGAAGCAUCGUUGAUGAUUAAAAAUUUUAUUCGCCAGUGUACAGACUCUGGUGCUACAAAAAGUUUUUUUAACUAUUUGUUAUCAAUAUUGAAAGGUUCUGAAGGAAAAAUAACUGCUUGGACACAACGUGUAUCUAUUUUAGAAGGCCUCCGAUGUAUAAGUUAUCACAGUGUUAGUGGUAGCUCUAAAAAAGAAGAGUUGGCUAUCUUUGCUUGCCAAGAGCUCGUAAAUUAUACAAAGCAAGAAACUCAUGAAGGAUCGCACAUAUAUGCAAUAUCGGUGAUAAAUUUAUGGGCAGAAGCAAUUACUUCGGAAAUACCCAAGUUUCUGUUUGAAUAUUUAAAGAAUGGAUCACUUGAUAAAGCCUCGACACCUACCGUACGUGUUGCUUAUUUGAAAUUCUUAGCUAAAUGCCUUAAAGGUGAUUGCCUUAAAUACGGAGCUCCAGUACUAGGUUCUAUUCUAGAGGUCUUUAGUAAGUGUACUUCCCAAAUUAGUCAACAACCAUCAAGAAUAGAGGGUUUAAUAGCUGCCAUUAUUUUAUGCAAGUUAAGUGUAGCUGGACAAGCGUCAGAUUGCGAUUUUACUGGAUUUUGGUCAGCUGUGCUUAAUGCAAAUUCCAAACUAUUUACUUCCGAUAAAUUCAUGAACAAUUGUAGUGACGAAGAUUUAGCACUAGUAUUAGAAUUCGUUGAAAUACUCCUGAAAUGUCACUCUUCUAAACUAACCGCAGAAAAUUUAAGCCCACUUGCUAGCGUCAUUGUUCAUGGAUUAACACAUGAUAGUUGGGCAAUCCGUAAAGGAGCAAGAGAUGUCGUAACCAUUUUGAAGUCUAUUACUCUAAAUGGAGUUCAUGUACUGGAUUGUCUACUACAAUGCUUUAGAGAACAUUAUAGAGUUUGCUUAUCUCAGAAGACUGAUACGUCUAAAGAGGAAGGUAGUAGCAAUCAGGAAAAGACUAGAAAAAUAUUCGUCUUUGCUCUUAAAACAAUUUUUGAAGCAUCAGCAACUGCACACCUUAGUAACCAAUUUAAUGAAGAACUAGCAGUCAAAAUCUUGAUUGAUACUCACGAACCCGAUAUAGCUAUAGUUGACGGACGAUGUUGGUUAAAGCUAUUAAAAAGUAAUGGUGUAAUUGCUAAGGAAUGUGUCCAAAGUCGAUUAGGUGAAAUUAUUGCUAUGAUGGAGGAAAGUCGUACGUCGUUUGAGGGUGUCAGGAAUGUCAUAGAAACUCUUUCUAAAGUUGUUGGAAGUCAAUUUGUCGAUGCAAUGGUUAAUAAUGUUCUGCAAGAUUUCAACCAAGAGGCUUUGCUAAAUAUUUCGGACGAAGAUUACAAAAUUUUUUUAUGUCCUGAAGGAGAAUUGUCGAAUCAAAAUUUGAUCGCAAGCUUAAAUGCCGAUAGUAGAGCAAAAAAUGUCAAAAGAGAAUCGAAAGCGUAUUCGUAUGAAGAUCAAUUAAUGGAUGAUGAAAUUAGACGUGAAAUCAGUAAGCGAAAAGGCAAUAAAGAAUCUGGCAUGGCAGCAUUAGAUAGUAAACAACGUGAGCUGAUGAAAGCACAGUUACAGAAAGAAUCUGAAAUACGUGCAAGACUAAAAUCGUUAGAUACAUCGCUUACAAGGUCCUCGCAGAUACUAGAGUCCAUCAUCAAUUCAAAUCCAGGCUGCUUGCAACGUCAUGUAUCUAGUUUACUACCGGUGUUAUUAUCUCUAAUUCAAUCUCCCAUUGCCAAAUCAUAUGCGAAAAUAUUAUGUUAUAAACUUCGUACUUGUGCUUUUACCAAUCGUGAAGAUACACUCCUGGAACGAAGUAACGAGUUACUGGAACGAGCUUUGGCAGUUAUAUGUGAGCAUUCGCAAUUUCGCAUUAGCCGAGCUACAACCGAAUCAAGUACUGUUAGUGAGGACGAUCCACAAUUCCUUCCAUCGUAUGAUAUGCUUUCCCUUCUAAUAGAUUUCAUAGCUUUACCCGUCAGUGGAAUUCAAGAAGUUAACUUACAGCGAGUAGCAUGCGAUAGUUUGGAGCGAUUGUGUAGCACUCUUGGCGAUGAAAAUUGUUAUCGAAACGUUACAGCUGAGCAACUUGAUGUCCUGCUAUUGGGGUUAAUGUCACCGGAAGUUAUUUUGAGAAAAUCUGUGUUAUCCGGUCUUCUAGGCAUGACUUGUACCUUAUGUUGCCUUAAAGAUUUAAAAUCGGUAAACAUUUCCGCCGAUGAUGCUCGCCUGCGUUGUACAAGUUUCUUGAAAUCCAUUUGGGUAUUGAGAUUUGAUACCAAUGAAGACGUUGCAAAUCUUUCGAAAAGAUUAUGGGAGGAUCUAGAUUUUUCUUUAGAGCCUGGUAUUUGCGCGACUUUACUCGAGUUUGUAGUUAAUGAUGAUGAAAUGCUCAGAAAAAUCAGUUCUAUGGCUGUCACUGCUGCCGUGAACAAGUAUCCAGAUCAGAUCGAUGUUGUCAUUAAGCAAAUUUUGGAAUUAUAUGAUAAGAAUCUAAUUGUAGGUACACUUACUCAUAAUUCAAUUCUUAUACAACCAACUCGAGACCUUAUGGGGCGUAGAAAUGAUGAAGAACCUAAAGAUAAAUGGCGUGCAAGAUGUGGCCUUGGCCAAACUAUAGAAUUGAUGGCUCCGUUGAUGAGCAAAAAUCAUGUAUCAAAUAUAUUUAAUUUUUUCGUCCCCUUGAGUCUUGGUGAUCGCGAUGAAAAUGUUAGAAAGCAUAUGCUUGACGCUGCAUUAGCAAUUAUAAAUGAGCAUGGCAAGGCUGUUGUAGGGAACUUACUGCCGACGUUGCAAAGUUACCUUGAUAACGCUCCUAAUACUUCCGCUGAAGAUGCAAUUAGGCAAGCUGUUGUUGUCGUUAUGGGCUCUCUAGCAAAACAUUUGGAUAAGGAUGAUCCUAAGAUGUUACCCAUCAUCGAUAAACUUUUGGACACAUUGUCAACUCCCUCGCAGCCGGUUCAACAAGCGGUAGCUAAUUGUUUGCCUCCUGUAAUACCUGCUGUCAAACAUAAAGUUCCAGAUCUAAUAAAGAGAAUGUUACAACAGCUAUUUGAAUCCGGUCAAUAUGGCGAAAGAAGGGGAGCCGCUUACGGACUGGCGGGUAUUGUGAAAGGUCUUGGAAUAUUAUCAUUGAAACAAUUAAACAUUAUGUCGGCACUGGAAGAAGCUAUACAAGAUAAGAAAAACUAUAAACGAAGAGAAGGGUCAUUAUUUGCUUUGGAGAUAUUAUUCUCUUUGCUUGGUAGAAUAUUCGAGCCGUAUAUCGUAGUAAUUUUACCUCAUUUAUUAACUUGCUUCGGCGAUGGAAACCAAUACGUUAGAGAGGCAACAGAGGAUGCAGCAAAAGUAAUCAUGCAGAAAUUAAGUGCUCAUGGUGUUAAACUGAUUUUUCCAUCAUUGUUGGAUGCUCUAAAAGAAGAUUCUUGGCGAACUAAAACUGGUAGUGUAGAACUACUCGGAGCUAUGGCUCACUGUGCUCCUAAGCAGUUAUCAUCAUGCCUUCCAAAUAUAGUGCCUAACCUUGUAGAUAUUUUAGGCGAUUCACAUGCUAAAGUACAACAUGCUGGCUUACAUGCGCUGAAGCAGAUUGCUUCCGUUAUUAAAAAUCCUGAAAUACAAAAUAUAUCAUCGAUUCUAAUUGAUGCUCUCAGUGAGCCGACUAUUCAUACGGCAACUUGCUUGCAAACAUUACUGUCAACAUCUUUCGUGCACUUUAUUGAUGCACCAUCUUUAGCCCUCAUUAUGCCAGUUAUCCAUAGAGCAUUGCAGCAACGAUCAUCUGAGACGAAGAAGAUGGCAUCUCAAAUUAUUGGCAAUAUGUUUACAUUAACUGAUAUGAAAGAUUUAGCGCCGUACUUACCUUCGAUUGUACCUGGUUUAAAGCAAGCUCUUUUGGACCCGAUGCCUAAUGUGAGACACGUUUCUUCUAAAGCACUUGGAGUUCUUGUGAAAGGGAUGGGAGAACAACCCUUUCAGGAUUUAUUGCCUUGGUUAUUGGAUAAAUUAGUAACUGAUACCAGUACUGUAGAUAGAUCUGGAGCGGCUCAAGGUCUAAGCGAAGUUGUAUACGGAUUGGGCUUGGAGAGACUUGAAAAACUACUCCCUGAUAUAAUUGCAACGACUCAACGAAGAGAUGUGCCACCAAAUGUCAGAGAUGGAUACUUGAUGCUCUUUAUUUAUUUACCAAUGACAUUUAAAGAUGAUUUCUCUCCAUUUAUUGGUAGUAUCAUACCUAGCGUACUACAGGGUCUAGCUGAUGAAACAGAAUAUGUAAGAGAUACUUCUCUCCGGGCAGCUCAACUAAUUAUUAGUUUAUACUCUAAAACUGCCAUAUCAUUAUUUCUACCUCAACUUGAAGCUGGAUUGCUUGAUGAUAAUUGGCGCAUCCGUUUUAGUUCUGUACAAUUGUGCGGUGAUUUACUUUUCCAUUUAUCUGGCGUUACUGGUAAAAUGAGUACAGAAGGUAAAGAAGAAGAAAACUUUGGUACAGAAAAUUCGAUGCAGUCGAUUUUAGGUGCAUUAGGUCGAGGACGUCGCGAUCGAGUACUUUCUGGUCUCUAUAUGUGUAGAUCAGAUGCUGCGCACUUGGUUCGACAAGCUGCUAUGCACGUAUGGAAAGUUAUUGUUAUCAAUACGCCGAAGGCUUUACGCGAAAUGCUGCCUAACCUAUUUGUGAAGCUUAUUGGUUGUCUUGCUAGCUCUAGCUUGGAUAUGAGACAUAUGGCCACUGCUAGCUUAACAGAUUUAGUAACAAAAUUAGGAGACCGGGUCUUACCAGAGAUGAUUCCAAUUCUAGAACAAGGAAUUGAAGAUGAUGACGUUAUUAGAAGAAAAGGCACAUGUAUUGGAUUGGGUGCAAUCAUCUCAUGCAUAAGUAGAGAACAAGUUUUGCAAUUUAUUGAUGCCUUGGUGGCAGUUAUUCGUAAAGUAUUAUGCGAUGAUAUACAGGAUGUUAGAGUGGCUGCGGCUAAAUCUUUUCACAAUCUUCAUGACAGAACUGGCGAUGUUGCUUUUGAUGAAAUCUUGACCGUUCUUUUAAAUGAAAUCGAUAGUGAUGAUAAGAAUAUGGUAGAAAAUGCACUUGAUGGGUUAAAACAAGUAGUAUUGGUUAAAAGUAGUACUACAUUGCCGUUCUUAGUGCCAAAGCUUGCUAGAGAACCAAUCCAAGUAAGAGCUCUUGCCUACGUUGCUUCAGUUGCCGGUGAAGAGUUAUCGUUAUAUGCGAAUCAAGUAAUACCUGCCUUGCUAAGUGUUAUCAAAGGGUAUACAAGAGAUAAUGAAAAGGAAAAAGAGAGCUAUGAAGCUUGUAUGACGUUAGUUGUCUCAAUAAGUGAUGAAACGACUGUUAGAGUUGUAUUGGAAGAACUCUUUGAGUUAGCAAAGUCAUCAGAUGUUGACAUGCGAAGGACUGCCUUAGGCUUAUUGCAUCCAUUCUUUAGCGAAUCCACUGCCGAUUAUGUUUCUCAGAUGGAUUUAAUUUUACGCACUCUCAUUCGAAUGCUUAACGAUUCCGAUAAUGAUGUUUUGUGCCUUGCUUGGAAUAUUCUAAAUGUUAUUUCAAAGAGAUUAUCAGGGGUUGAAAUGAUCCAACAAGUUGAGCAUCUCAGGCAAGCAGUACGAUUUGUAAGAGACGACGUAAAGGAUGGUGAACUUCCCGGGUUAUGCUUACCUAAAAAGGGAAUAGUGCCUUUAUUUGCGUUUUACCGUGAAGGUAUCUUGGGUAGAAGUUCCGAGAUUAAAGAAGAAGCCGCGACUGGUUUAGGAGAGUUGAUUGAGUUAACAAGUGUAGCGGCUUUAAAGCCAAAUGUUGUCAAUAUGACUGGCCCUCUGAUUAGAAUUUUAGGAGAUACAUUUAAUGGUAAUGUCGGCGCCAACCUUAAACAAUUCGUACCACAAUUACAAACGACGUUUAGAAAAGCGCUUAAUGACGCCAAUCGUGCAGUAAGAGACGAAGCAAGCAAAGCUCUGAAACUUGCGAUUAAAUAUCAUUCUCGUGCGGACUUAUUGUUUACCGAGCUUCAUAAGGGGAUUAAAAGUGUUGAAGAUAUUGCUAUUAGGGUGUCGAUGUUGGGUGCUUUAUCGGGCGUUACCGAUGUUGUUGGAGGAAAAAUUAAAGAAGACACUCGUAAACCUAUUAUUGCAACGUUACUCCUACUGCUUGCUUCUAGCGAGGAAGAACUUCGAGAAGAGGCUGCAAAAUGUAUUAGCUCGUUUUGUAACGUUAUUCCCGAAAAUGAGCUAAAGGAUAUCGUUACAGAAUUUGUUGCUGAUGGAGAAAAUCAGGAAUGGGUUAACAGGCAUGGAUUGGCUAUGGCACUGACUUGCAGUCUACAUAAGGCUAUGAAUCAGCUUGUUAAAGUAGAUAUGAAGAAUGAAAUUAUCAAGACCAUCACGGCUCAAGCAUGUGCAGAUAGGGCAUUACGAAGUAAAUCGAACGAUGUUAAAUUAGUCACUACGCAUACUUUGCAUGUAUUAUUUAGUGGUAAUUCAGAUACCCUAAAUGUAUCAUCACGAGCGAAAUUGAUUCCGCUUUUGUUGAAUAAUGCAAAAGAAAAGAAUACGCCUAUAAAAUUAGCUUCGGAAAGGUGUUUGGCCGUCCUUUUAGAUUUAAGAAAUGGAAAUGAGCUUUAUCAGAAAUGUCUUGCAACCCUCGACACUGCAACAAGUGCAGCAUUAACAGAUAGCUAUAAGAAAGUUUUACAAAAUGUUGCUAGCCAAAGCCGAAUGGAUGAGAACUUUCCCGAUCUGCUGAUUAGCGGCUGA